UCAACAACCUCAUGGCGGACGGGACCUGUCAGGACGCGGCCAUCGUGGGCUAUAAGGACACGCCCUCCAUCUGGGCCGCUGUUCCCGGGAAAGCCUUCGCCAACAUCACGCCAGCUGAAGUUGGUGUCCUGGUUGGCAAAGACCGGGCAAGUCUGUGCGUGAAUGGGCUGACAAUCGGGGGCCAGAAAUGUUCUGUGAUCCGGGACACGCUGCUGCAGGAAGGGGAGUUUAGCAUGGAUCUUCGUACCAAGAGCACUGGGGGAGCCCCCACCUUCAACGUCACUGUCGCCAUGACUGCCAAGACGCUAGUCCUGCUGAUGGGCAAAGAAGGUAUCCACGGUGGUGUGAUCAACAAGAAAUGUUAUGAAAUGGCCAACCACCUGCGGCGUUCCCAGUACUGACCUCGUCUUUCCCUUCCCCCUACCACUCCCCACUGCUUUGGCACUCUCCUUCCCAAACACACACAUAUACCAUUUUUAUUUUUUGGGCCAUUACCCUAUACCCCUUAUUGCUGCCAAAACCACAUGGGCUGGGGGCCAGGGCUGGGCGGAAGACACCUCCCCCUACCCAUACCCCUCCCGUGUGUGGUUGGAAAAAAAUUUUUGUUUGUUUUUUUCUGAAUAAAAAAGAUUCUAACAA